AUGUUGAAGACGGCGUCUAAAGUGACAAUAAAUACCGGCAACGUGCUGAACUUGAUCGACAUCAAGAAGAAGGCUGGACAGAAUGUGACUGAGGAGCUUUCAGAGAGCAUCAAACUAACUCUAUCGGAAUGGGGUACUCAAAAUGGCGUCCCUGUACAAAAUGGCGUCGGCCCACCUCCAGGAGGUCAUCCACAGACCUCACACCGCCAUUCCGACUACAAAGUGAUGACGGCAUCCGCUGCAGCAGGCUCUGAAGCGGUGAUCAACAUCACGAGGCCUCACGAUGACGUACAAAUCAAAAUGGCGGAAGAAGAACGCAAGAAUUUGAAGAUCGGAGUCAAGAUUUUUAUCAAUGAAGACAGUACUACGGCCUUGACUGAGUGCUUGGAGAACGUGUUCAGCGCACUGCACACAGCGUACAUAGACAACGUGAUCCUAGCUUACAACCCUGAUCUGCUGCAUCGAGAGGAAGGCAAUGAUGACAAUACCUUGAAGAAUACAUACAGUACGAAAGCAUCCCCUAUUUCCAUGGGCAGUAAUGUGCGCAUGUCGAGUACGGAGGUUGAGGCGGAUAAUGAGGCGGACGCGCGCAAGUGUGAGGCGAUCCUGCCUGGUAUCAAGAUCCUUUGGGCCGUGCUCGAAGACUUCGUCAAAGAAGGUCGCGUCCAACAGCUAGGUGUAGCAGAUGUAGGCGGUGGGUGUCUACGUAAGCUGCACGCGUGGGCUCGGGUCCGUCCGUCUAUAGCUCAGAUCAACCUCGCCUCGUGUUGCGUAGUACCACCUUCACUGCACGCCUUCUGCCGAGCUAAUGACGUACAGCUGCUUACACACGCUGAUCCUCCAGAUCUACUCUCAAUCGCCGCAGUAAAGACCUUGUCAGACGCGGGCGUAGGAUGCGACAACUUGGACUGGUGCGCUCGCUACCAAGUCCACAUCAAGUGUAGGGGAGUCCUCGCACUAAAGGGAUACGUCUGUAAGGCCACGCUCGACAAUAAGUCAGAUAAAUUAGAAAAACUACAGAAGAUAUAA